AUGAACGGGUUUCAGUACACACCUCUUGAACUGCUGCUGAUGAAAAUAACCCUGAUAGUGUUCAUUGUAGUGGGAGCAGUGGGUAAUCUUGGUGUUAUUCUUGCUGUUGUUGGAAUAAAAAAGUGGCGAACUCCUUCAAACGUUCUCUUAGCUAACUUAGCAACAGCUGAUCUCAUUGUUAACCUCUGGACCUUCCCCAUUACUUUAGCCUCCAUCAUAAAGGUAAGGAUAACCCUAAUGAUAUGGACGAGCAGCUUGCUUGUAGCUGGAAUGCCCAUGUUAGGGUGGGACGAAUACGUUUACUCUCCUGUCACUUUCUCCUGCGGUAUCCACGGUCUUCCAGGCUUCCACAAGUACUACUUCCUCUUCUUCUGCAUCAUCGCAUUCCCCGGUCCGUUCGUGCUUAUGUCCUUUAGUUACAGUAUGAUAUUCCUGAGGAUGUGUACUGUCCAAAACAACACUCGCAAACAGACGAUGAGACAGGUGCGGGCCUCAGUGAUUCUGCUGAUUAUAAUAAUCAUGUUUUCAAUCUCCACAUUGCCCACUUUUAUUGUGGCCCUCAUGUUCUGGUCUAAGAUGACCCUAAGGAUUCCUAUCCAAGUCCCCAUAGUUCUUCAUUGGGUGCUCCAGAGUAAUGCGAGUCUAAAUCCAGUAAUAUAUAGUCUGCUGAAUAGACAGUACCGUACCACGUGGGUUGAGUUCGUAGCACGGCACCAACACCUCGCUAAACAGAGACGUUCCCUGGCAACAAACCCUCUCAACAUGGACCGGUCACGUGGUUAUAGUCGGGGGAAUCUAGCUCCUAAACCUCUACUCCGGAGACAAGCUGUACCCAUACCUGCUUGUAAUGAGGAGUACAGGAGACAAGCUGUACCCAUACCUGCUUGUAAUGAGGAGUACAGGAGACAAGCUGUACCCAUACCUGCUUGUAAUGAGGAGUACAGGAGACAAGCUGUACCCAUACCUGCUUGUAAUGAGGAGUACAGGAGACAAGCUGUACCUGCUUGUAAUGAGGAUAACAGGAGACAAGCUGUACCCAUACCUGCUUGUAAUGAGGAUUACAGGAAGACGCAAGAUUGA